AUGUUCAGGACUAUAGGAAUCGUGCGGUUAUGGAGAACCUCGCGGAUCGUUCGACUCCCAGCCAGUGGCUUGGGGACAGAUGCCAAAAGUUGCACCGCGCCUACACAGCCGUUGAGUACAUCAUCAGCAACGUCCUCUUCUUCAAUGAUUUUGAAAUACCCAUACCGAGUCGUAGAUACACAUGAGAAACUAAAAGAGGCUGUUACUUCGCUACAAGGUGCUCGCUCGAUUGCUCUGGACAUCGAGGCUUUUUGUACAACGGACCAAGCGAAGCAGCUUGGACGUAUAUCACUGGUUCAGGCAUGCUCAGAUGCCAAACCUGUAGUGUUUUUGUUCGACGUUCUCACCCUAACACCUGAUGUGUUUGUCAAAGACAUGCAAUCCUUACUGAGUGAUAGAGAGAUAAGGAAGCUGUUCUUUGACUGCAGACGUGAUGUGGAAGCACUCAGUUGCCAACUUGGGGUAAAACCGGAGGGUGUUUUAGAUCUGCAAGUUUUCUUCACUGCCAUUCAGUGGAAAUUGCGCAGUGUAAACCGCCGCUCGGGAAUGGGGUACGUGCUGAAGAGUGUCGCUGGCCUCACACGACAGGAAGGAGACUCUGCAGUUCAAACCGCUAUGACACUUGGCAACCGCCCCGUUUGGGACAUUCGACCCCUGCCGGACCAUUUCCUUGAGUACGCUGCGGGUGAUGUGCGGCACAUUUUGCUGCUUUCCAAUUACCUUGUGGGAAACAAAGAUGUUCCAGUGGAUGUUGUUGCAGUGGAGCGACUCACUGCCCAAUAUGUUGAACAUUACGCCGUGGGGAAACCAGUGAUAACGGAGGCAGAUGCCACACCUGCUGAGGUAAAUAGGGCGUGGCUCGAACGGUACAUUGGACCAGGUGGAGGUUGUCACUUCUGCGGGGCUAAGGGGCAUACAGAGGCUGAAUGCUUCAAAAAGCAAAAUGGGAAGGCAAAAUGCUCUUUCUGUGGGGAAGUCGGUCACACCGCACGCAACUGCUUCAAGAAACAUCCGCAGCUCUUAACGUGCGAAAAGUGCGGUCAACUCGGGCAUACGGGCACCAGUUGUUUUCGCACUAACCCGUGCAAGCACUGUGGUGGCCCCCAUAGCAGCGCCAAUUGUCACAAAGUUAUUUGGCAACAGAAACGUUUGGGGGAAAAUUCUUUACAUUGA